GGCGGGAGGCGUGGUACAAUAGAGCUGUUGUGUGUUGUGCUGUGCGUAGUGGACAAGCAGCAGCGACCCUACAGCUCCCCUCUGUGCAGACUUAAAAACACUACAAAACCCACCGAGCUGCAGCCACAUUUGAAGCGCUUGUACCCGCGUUAUAACCUGAGUAUGGUCGGUAUCUGGAGUGGAGUUGUGAAGGUAUGAAGCUACACAGAUAAAAACGUAUUGAAAACUCUACUAGCAUGCUCUUCCAUUUGAAAUUUAUGGAUGAUUCAGGAUGAAACGCAUCAGGUCCUCCAGCAGUAGUGACAGUUCUGACAAUGAGAGUCCCUCAACGUCCUUCUGCUCUUCAAGCAAAUAUGGCAGUAAAUUGGGAACCCCUGCCUCUAGCCAGAAGAAACCUGCUGAAGUGUUCAGAAAAGACUUGAUCAGUGCCAUGAAGUUGCCAGACUCUCACCACAUUAACCCUGAAGACUUCUACCUUUUGGCCGACUCAUGGAAACAGGAGUGGGAGAAGGGUGUGCAGGUUCUGGCCAGUCCAGACACAAUCCCACAGCCCUCAGUCAGAGUUGUAGCAGACAAAUCCAAAGAGGUGUUGUACACUCAUAAGAAGAAGUACAUCCAGUGCUCAAACCCAGACCAGACAGAACCGGGGUACGUGAACAUCCGCGAGCUUGCAGAGUCCAUGUGUCGUUAUGAUCUGGAUGAAAUGGACUUGUACUGGCUCCACAACCUCAACAAAGAGCUAGCUCACAUGGGGGAGGAGCCAAUAGAUGAGCUGACAAUAGAGCGCACCCUAGAGGCGCUGGAGCGUCAGUGUCAUGACAACAUGAAGCACGCGAUUGAGACAGUGGAGGGUCUGGGCAUCGAGUAUGACGAGGACGUGAUCUGUGAUGUGUGCCGCUCGCCCGACAGCGAAGAGGGCAACGACAUGGUCUUCUGUGACAAGUGUAACAUCUGUGUGCACCAGGCCUGUUAUGGGAUUGUUAAAGUGCCAGUUGGUAACUGGCUCUGUCGGACCUGUGUCCUGGGCAUCGACCCUCAGUGUCUGCUCUGUCCCAAGAAAGGAGGUGCCAUGAAGGCCACACGGGCUGGGACCAAGUGGGGCCAUGUGAGCUGUGCACUGUGGAUACCAGAGGUGAGCAUUGCUUGUCCUGAGAGGAUGGAGCCCAUUACAAAGGUAUCCCACAUUCCCCCGAGUCGCUGGUCUCUGAUCUGCAGCCUGUGCAAAAUAAAGACAGGAGCAUGUAUACAAUGCUCAGUGAAGAAUUGCACCAUCCCCUUCCAUGUAACGUGUGCGUUUGAGCACAGCCUCGAGAUGAAAACCAUUUUGGACGAAGGGGACGAAGUCAAAUUCAAAUCCUUCUGCCUUAAACAUAGCAAGCCUAAGUGUGGGGAGCCAGGUCUGAGCCCGGUCCGGUCCAAACCCAGUGAGGCAGUGAAGGGUGGGCAGCGCGCUCAGAGGCUGCAGGAGCUGGAGGAGGAGUUCUACACACUUAUUCAACUGGAAGACUUAGCCAAAAGCCUCAGCCUGUCUGAGCGCAGGGUGGACUUCAUCUAUCAGUACUGGAAACUCAAGAGGAAAAACAACUUCAACAAAGCAUUGCUGCCCCCUGCAGAGGAGGAGGAGAACUUAGUGCUGCAGCCACAGGAGGACAGUAUCCACACACGCAUGAGGAUGUUCAUGCACCUCAGGCAGGACCUGGAGAGGGUGAGAAACCUGUGCUACAUGGUGAGCCGUCGAGAGAAGCUGAAGCUGCUACAGAGUAAGGCACAGGAGCAGAUGUUCAGUCUUCAUGUUAAACUCAUGGACCAAGAAUUCUCAGCAGGUCUUCCAGCGUCGUUCCCAGCAGAGAACACACUCUUUCGCUGUACUCCUCGUAUAACACUGAAGCUCAAAAUGCCCAAAUCAACAAGUCAAAAUGGAAACUCGAAUAAUAAAUCAGCCAACGGUCCUUUGUGUCUAGAUAACAGUUUAAAUGUCACGGAUCAGGGAUUGGGAGAGGGGCUGGGACAGGGCAAACCUCUUCUCCACUCCCGAAAUCAGAAAGAGGAGCGCACCAAUGGCCUGUUGUCUGCAUCAAACAAAAAAGCGAAACCGUCUGGUAAACCAUUAGCACUGCACGCUGCUCUUCAAGGCCACUCAUCCAAUGGAAAACAUAACAAGGACAGCAAAGGGUGCAAGACCAAAUUGAAUGGGGUUUUGGAGAAAUAUGUUGCACAAAUGGACAACUCUUGCCAGACAAAAAGCAACACAGAAGCAAACAAAGCACUGGAGAAGGCUAGUUUUAGAAAAGUUGCAAUGGAGCAUUUUGGGAAGUCAUUCAAAGAAGCUACAAUCAGUUUAGUCAGGGCAACCGAAGACAUGAACACUGAAAAUCUGUCCAAAAAAGGAACAACUAAAGAAGGACUAUGUACCAAAGCUAUUUCGGGACAUGCAGUUAAAGGCACUCGGGAUAGUGAUGGCUACUGUCCUGACUUGGAGCUCAGUGAUUCAGAGACAGAGGCGAAAGGUAGGCACAAACAGCAGAGGAUACUGUCACUGGACGGACCCAAAGUAAACUCUGGGAAGGGCUUAAGCAGAGGCAAGCAAGCUUUUAGCUCCAGACAGCCCAGGCAGAGGUGACAACUGUUGCAGUAGUCUUGGGUUAGUCUUCCAAAAAGGCCCUGCAAAUGGCCAAAAAAUUCUCAUGAUUGGUUUUAAGAGGUCUGUUCCUGGAUUAGAUCAUAGAGUUUGAGUUCUGAUGAUAAAAAAAAAAAAAAAUUGUUCCAUAGAGUCUUGAGAAUCAUUGCUGCCUUUUCUUCUCUUGGGAGUCAGGACUAUAAUUGGACUUAAAGUUGUGACAGAGAUGACUUUUUCUAAAAACACCUAUGUGUCAAUUGGCCAGUAAUCUGUUCAAAUUGUACUCUUUCAUUAGUAGGUAACUAAAUUUGCCUUACAAGAUACUGCUGUACAUAAAGUGUUGAACUCAUCUGAUGUUUCAAAGUAUUUUUACAAAUUGUUCACCUGAAAUGUUUUGUACACAUUUUUCUACAGACUGAAUGACUUUUUCUUGUUUUGUGUUGGUUUCAAAACACAAAUGCCUUUUUAUGUAUACCAUUGAAGACCAUUGUUGCAUUCAAAGUGUUAAGGGCCAAGUUGAACAUAUUUGCAUGGACAAAGUUAUGGUUGUUAUGAGAACUAACCAUAUUUCAAUCGUUUAAAUUGUUUUUAGACAUCUUGUUAUAAUCCUAAGCAUUUCUAGGCAGCACAAACCGCAAUAAUAAAGAAUUCAAAUCAAGAAAUCAAGUAAAACGUGAUCUAAAACAAUAUAGUGAUAAAACAGUAUUUUGUAUUUUAAGCACCGCUGGUUAUGCAUCUUUUCUUACCUAAUGCCAACUUUAAAUUAUUUGGUUUCCAUAGGAUAAUCUCUAAUAUCCUAUGGAAGCUGAUACAAUUUUCACUGAAGCAGUCCAGACAUAAAAAGCUGUAUUCCCUGAUUGUUCUACGGAAAAAAAAAAAAAAAUUGGUUUAUAAAUAGACAAUUAUAUACCAUUACUGGACUGAACUGAAAUCAAGACUAAACCAGAUCAAUGUUCUCACUGAGGGCUUCAACAGUAAAAGGUUCAAUGCAGUUGUCCUUUAAAGCACUAUACAAAAACACUAAUCACAUUUCUUUAAACUUACUCAACCAAUCUCACUACAGGUUUGCUAAAAGCUAAAUGAUCCUUUAAUGUUGGCCACUUGUUCAACUGUUUUAAGUUAUUUCUGCCAAACAUUUCUCUGUUCUGUUCAUAUUUUUGUUGUCAUGAGGUUGAGCUAUGACUGUAGUAUGACUGAAGACUGUAUGAUGCUUUACCAGUUUACAAAUGCCACAAAGCCAUUUCAUGUUAUACUUCCCCUUUUUGGCCAUUUUAAAAAUAAAAAGUUUAAAUCAG